AUGGAUAAACACCGCAUGCGGAAGGCUUCAAAAUGGUGUAACGAACAACGCGUCGAACAAGUCAUGGCGAUUAAUAGAAGAGAAGAAAGUAUUCUGCAAAAGAAGUUGGAUCAACUUAAUCGAGAAAAAAACUAUCUCCUGCAAGAACUUGACCACAAAAUUAAGAAAAUUGGUAGAGAUUUGAAGAAGGGCCCCACUGGACCAGAAAAGUCUAAGCUGAUGUCGCGAAGGAAUAGUUUGCCAGCCAUAGAAUCGACUAAGCUCAACGCGGGAAUGGUAAAUUCGAGAAAAUGGCGCUCUUUAACUCAGUGUUCAUCGCAUGAAAAACUAAACGAUGAAGUUAAUGACAGAGAGGCAAGCAAAGAUGUUUUGUUUGAGAUCGAGAACGACUUCAAGUUUUUAUCAGUCGCGUUCAAUAAGGGACGAACGCAAGACUGUUCAAGCUCAAAAGUCACCGCGCUUCCCGGGAUUAAAAAUUCUACACCAGGUUCUACCGCUUUCAGCUCAAAACCUGCUUUAAUGCGCAGACGCCACAGUGACGUCAUCGCGUUGCUUGGACAUGUGCAAAAGCAUCGAGCUGUGGAACGCCGUUCCAGUUUGGGUAACAUUCAUGAGUUUAGAAGAAAAUAA